AUGACAGCUCGCGGCAGAGCCGCUCGGGAGGAUGAGGAUCCUGAUGAUAUCGCAGCCUGCCCGCCUCCGGAGGCCCAGGAGGCCAAGUUGCACUUUCAGACCGGUGAACACAUCGGAAGAUGGAGCGGCUUCGAUGAGAGGGGCGUGCCCCAUUUGAACGCCAAGGGCAAGAAGCUCACCAAGCAGGAGAAGGAGUUGGUGGAAACCGAGUACCUCGAGGCCAAGAAAGCUUAUCAACAACAACUCAAGGCAAAAGAGCAAUGGGAGCGAACUCUAGACGAUGCGGAGCGAAGACUGCGCGACAAAGACCGAGUUCGGUGGGCUUACAGGGCAGCUGGUCCAAGCAAGCACGCCUUGUUGCAUGUCGACGACCUUGAGGAUUUUGUAAAGAAGAUGGGCUGGGAGCCCUUCAGCCACGCGGACAUGGAAGCGCUCCAAAGCGUGGCGGCGAGACAGGGUGAGGAGAUGGAGGAGCUCCUGUUGGAGGAUGUGCGGCACUUCAUUAGCGAGGAGAUGGCCUCAAGGUUUCUGGACAAUCGGCUAGACCACUUCUUCCGCAUCAAGACUGUAGAAGACGUCCAUUCUCCUCGCACGUGGCGUGGGAAGCUGAAGGAUGUGACUGAGGCCGCGGUUGAGUCGUCUGGCUCUGAUAGCGCAGAUGACACUGAAUCCGAUUGA